AUGAUUUGUCAACUCCAAGACCUACCGCCUUACAUGGAGUCCGAAAACAGGAGUUUCGAACCGUGGCGUGACUACCUGAAGUUAGCUGACCUAGUGCGGGAGAUGCAGUUAGGCAGGUUCACCCCAGAACCGUCAACCGUUGAGGGUCAUGACUCCGGGAUAUGGUCGACCAUGGUGGAAUUUGAAGAGUUUCCGCCGCGAGCCUUGCUGUUACCGAUAACACCCGUGGCGACACCACCCCUAUGGCACGAAAUGGAACCCCUGGAUUCCGAAAUCGUCCUCUUGUUUGAAGACGCUCCUUUAUCGCCGAGCAGCACCGAGGGUCCACCGUCCAGCCCCCUGGCAGCUGGGACCAGAGUCCAGAUCCCCCCUGGCACCUGGGACCAGAGUGGGAGAAACACGCCGGAGGAGGUGCGGUCACCCCAGCGCACCUGGGACCAGAGUGGGAGAAACACGCCGGAGGAGGUGCCAUCACCCCAGCGCACCUGGGACCAGAGUGGGAGAAACACGCCGGAGGAGGUGCCGUCACCCCAGCGCACCUGGGACCAGAGUGGGAGAAACACGCCGGAGGAGGUGCCGUCACCCCAGCGCACCUGGGACCAGAGUGGGAGAAACACGCCGGAGGAGGUGCGGUCACCCCAGCGCACCUGGGACCAGAGUGGGAGAAACACGCCGGAGGAGGUGCCGUCACCCCAGCGCACCUGGGACCAGAGUGGGAGAAACACGCCGGAGGAGGUGCCGUCACCCCAGCGCACCUGGGACCAGAGUGGGAGAAACACGCCGGAGGAGGUGCCGUCACCCCAGCGCACCUGGGACCAGAGUGGGAGAAACACGCCGGAGGAGGUGCCGUCACCCGAGCGCAAGUUCUGCAGCUUCUGCAAAUACAACGGGCAGCCUGAGUCGGUGUUUCUGUCCCACAGCAUCAAGAACCAGGAUGGGGACAUGAUGUGCCGGUACCUGCAGCUAAGUCUUUGCCCUCUCUGCGGGGUCACCGGGGCCCAAGCCGCCACCAAGCACCAUUGUCCACCAUUGGUGUAAAGUACUUGAAAUGACUUCUUAAGUAGUUUUUGGGGUAUCUGUCCUAAGGCACUGUAACUCAGUGUUUUUAGGCGUCACUACAGACACCUUGGUUCGAAUCCAGGUUGUAUCUUAACCGGCCGUUAUUGGGAUUCCCAUAGGUUAUCGCACAAUUGGCCCAGCGUCUUCCGGGUUUGGCCGUCGUUGUAAAUACGACUUUGUUCUUAAUUGACAUCCCUAAUUAAGUGAUGGGUUUUUACUUUUACUUCACUACAUUCCUAAAGAAAAUGAUGUACUUUUUACUCCGUAGAUUUUCCCUGAUACCCAAAACUAUUCUUCAGAUUUUGAAUGCUUAUCGGGACACGACAAUUUAUUAAGAGAACAUCCCUACUGCAUCUGAUCUGGCCGACUCACUAAACACAUGCGUAAAUGAUGUCUGAGUAUUGGAGUGUCAAAGCACAUUUUAUUUGUCACAUACAAAUGGGUAGCAGAUGUUAAUGCGACUGUCGCGAAAUGCUUGUAGUGUGUUCCUGGCUUUCUGUGAAUUAAUAAAGAACAACAAAAUGG